UUCACUACUAACUUCAUCUGAUUUCUAAUUUACAAAUAUUUUCUGUUGAUAAUACAAUUUUUGUUUUUGUUUUCCAGUUGGGCGGAUAUAACUAGGCAAUUGUUUCUGUGAUGACUAUGACACGAGGUGGAUGGCUUGAUCAGAUGUGAGGAGUUCGGUGUGCAGGAGCGGCGAUAUAUUGAAGGGUAACGGCACUGGUUGAUCUUCGGCUACAUAGCAUUGGAAUGUUGUCUCAUUUGCAUAGGUGUCACUUCCUUCUCUGGACAAGAAAUCAGCGGUUUGAUUUCGUUUACCUGGCAGGUGAGUGAGUUCCAAAUCAAAUUCUUGUAAUAACAGAAACCAUCUGGACAGUCGGUUGUUGGUUAACUUGGCUGUUUUGAAAAAAGUCAAGGCCUUAUGGUCAGUGUUAACAAAAAUCUUUUGGCCUAACAACAACGUUCUAUACUUCUUGCAUACUUUGACAAUGCUUAGUAGUUCUUUUUCCGUGACUGUAUACUUCUUCUGGGCUGCAUUCAUAGUCUUGCUAAAAAAUGCUAUGACUCCUUUUUCUCCUUUCUCAUCAUAUUGAAAAAUUUCCGCACCUAAGGCGUAAUCCGAUGCGUCAACAUUUAUAUGAAAAGGUUGGUUUAGAUUUGGAUGAUCCAAUAUAACAGCUUUCAAAAAAGCAUCCUUCAACUGGUUGAAAAUUGCAUCUUCCUUGAGCCCCCAUGUCCAUGGUUUAGAGGAUGAUAAAACAUGACUCAGUUGUGCUGUAUAAUGAGACAUCUGUUUGUUAAAGCGACGAUAGAAUUGUAGGAAACCAAUAAAACGUUGAAGCUGUUUACGACUUGAUGGAGAUGGAAAAUUUUUUAUAGCUGAUAAUUUGUCAAUGUCCUGCAUGAUACCUUUAUCAGUUAUGAUGUGCCCGAGGUAUUUAACUUUCUUGGCAAAAAAUUCACAUUUUGAUAACUUUAAUUUCAUACCACAUUUUAUUAGUCUACCGAAUACUACAUCAAGGUGUUGAAUAUGCUCUGCCACACUCUGUGAUGAAAUAAUUGCAUCAUCAACGUAAAGAGCACAAAAAUCUGAAAUGUCUUCACCAAUUGAUUGUCUUAGGCAGCGUAUAAAUAUAGCCAUUGCGUUUCUGAUCCCAAAGGCAAGUCGGGUAAACCUGAGAUUUCGGCCGUUGAAGAGGAAGGACAGGUAGUCACGAGAUUCUUCUGCCACUUGUACCUGCCAAUAUCCGGCGCUGAGGUCGACGGUGGAGUAUAUGGUCUUGCCAUGGAACAUCUGCAACACCUGAUCGAUCUGGGCGGGAGCUUCACGGUCGUCGUCGAGAAUCAUGUUCAGCUGGCGGGCGUCAAGACAGAGUCGGGUGGAGCCGUCCUUCUUUGAGACGCAGGUAAUAGGCAAACUAUAAUGCGAUGUGGAUGGUUCGAUAAUGCCUAGUCUUUCCAUCCUAUCUAUUUCGGCAGCGGCCGCUUGACGGUGAGCAAAAGGGAUGGGAUAAGAUUUUCUAUAAUAAGACUCAUGUGGUUUGACCUCUAAUUUGCACUGAAAAUGAUUUGCCAAUCCCGGCUGUUCUGAAAAUACUGCACGAUUUUUUAUGAACAUUUCUUUCAUGGCUUGUUUAGUUGCGAGCCCCCAUUCAGAAUUAUUAUCAAUUUCCUUUAACAAUUUUUUCAUCAAAAUGUCAGUAUCAUCUGGUGUUUCAUUUUCUAAGCUGUAGUCAUCCACUGAAUCAUGACUCAUCAUCUCACUCUCUUCACUUUCUCUGUAUUUUACCUUGUAGUCCCUUUCAGGAAUGCAGUCCUCAACCAUGUGAUAUCUCACUACUCUUACAUCUCCCGCAUUGGCCUUUAAUAUUAUCUGAGUAUUGAUACUAGUCCAGUUGCUAUUGUCGAUUAAUUGCAGUUCGAGAUUUUUGAAAUUUAUGUUUGAGUUAUAAUGGGCUAAGAAAUCAGCACCAAUAAUAAUGUGUGGUCCAUUUGCAGGCAAUACCAGGAAGGAGUAUGGGAAACACUUUCCUUCGACUUGGAUCUCCAGGAGGCAUUGUUUAGAUAUUCGGAGGCGACGUCCUGGUGUGACACCUGAUAGGAGGGUGUCCAUAUCCAUUGCGGGAUCGGGUGUAUGUCUAACGGUUAUCUUCUGGUUUUUUAUCCGAGCGACGGUACGAGAAAUGGGAGUUCCUGUCUCUGGGGCGUCGUCGUCCGUAUGCCCUCCCGAUGUUUCGUCUUCCGGCUCUUGGGCUGCCAAUGGAUCUUCCACUAGAAUGCAGCUCUCCUCCACCUGCGUCGACGACAAGUCAUCCAGUAUAUGUGGAUGGAAAUCGACGGAUGCGGUGGCAGAUGCGGAUGGCGGUGAGCGAUCGGGUGAGAUGUCUUCGGUGUCCGACAGACUUGGAUUGACCUGGUCGUUUCGUGCCAUGGUUUGCAGAAAAAUAGCGCAACGAAAGUGUGCGGUGAAUAAACGUGGAAAUGUGGAUGUGAUAUACAAAAUAAGUGAUAAGAAAUCCAAUAGAAAUUGUUAUAGCUUCGCAGUGAGUGAAAUACAGAAAAAGUGGUUUAGCAAUGUGUUCAGAUGUAACAAAUAG